AUGAGCUCAGGAACCCCUGUGGCCUUCUGUAACCCCAAGCCCACAGGCUCAGCCACGGUGUUUCUGCAGAGCCCCGUUUCCAGCGACCGGGACUCACCGGAGACAGGCGAGGAGAUGGGCCGAGCCGAGGGCGCCUGGCAGCGGGGCCCCGGGCCGGGAGCGCUGCAGCGAGAGGCAGCCGAGCUGGCGGCGCGGGGCCCGGCGGCCGGCCCGGAGGAGGCGGCGGAGCUGGCCGAUGCUCCCGCCGUGGCGGGCGAGGCGCGCGGCGGCGUCGGCGUGGGCGGCGGCCGCAAGAAGAAGACGCGCACGGUCUUUUCGCGCAGCCAGGUCUUCCAGCUCGAGUCCACUUUCGACCUGAAGCGCUACCUGAGCAGCGCGGAGCGCGCGGGCCUCGCCGCCUCCCUGCAGCUCACCGAGACGCAGGUCAAGAUCUGGUUCCAGAACCGUCGCAACAAGUGGAAACGGCAGCUGGCGGCCGAGCUGGAGGCGGCCAGCCUGUCACCGCCGGGCGCGCAGCGCCUCGUCCGCGUGCCGGUGCUCUACCACGAGAGCCCCCCGGCCGCCGCCGCCACCGGGCCCCCGGCCGCCGCGCUGCCCUUCCCGCUGGCGCCCGCCGCGCCCGCGCCGCCGCCGCCGCUGCUUGGCUUCUCCGGGGCCCUGGCCUACCCACUGGCCGCCUUCCCGGCAGCUGCCUCCGUGCCCUUCCUGCGGGCACAGAUGCCCGGCCUGGUGUGA